AUGGACACAUGGAAAGACAAGUUUGAUUUUCUGGUCCUAUGGAAGGAAAACUUUGACAUCAUCUUAAGUGUGGACUUCGCAAUCAAGGCAAAGGUUAGAUUUUUUUUCUGUUGUAAUAAAUUAAUUAUCUAUAGAUAA